UCCGCGGAGAAGCAGGCGGCGGCGUCGCAGCGGUCCGCGGAGAGCGCCUUUCGGGCUUUGUUCAGUGGAUGUGAAUGAACCGCGCAUCACCUGCUCCGGAAAUGUGGACGGAUUUAAGGUCUCUGGUACUUUUUCCUCUGCUGCUCCUGAGGCUUCCGACUCUGGAAGCCACGGAUGAGUGCGAGGAUGGACAGUUCCAGUGCAACAAUAAGAGGUGCAUUCCCACCAUCUGGAAGUGUGAUGAUGAUGACGACUGUUCGGACAACAGCGAUGAAGAAAACUGUCCGAGGAAAACAUGCGCCGCCGCAGAGUUCGCCUGCUUGAACGGUCAGUGCGUUCCGGGACGUUGGCGCUGCGAUGGAGAACCAGAGUGCCCGGAUGGCUCCGAUGAAGCUGAGGAAACAUGCAGCAAGCAGACGUGCCCCCCAGAGAAGUUUGACUGUGGCGGAUCCACCAACAAGUGUGUGUCUCUGUCAUGGAAGUGUGACGGUGAGAAGGAUUGUGAGAAUGGAGCGGACGAGGAGGACUGUGCGGCAGACGCCAAGGCCUGCCCCAGAGGCGAGUUCAUGUGCGCCAACCGAAAGUGCUUGGCCGACGUCCACGUGUGCGACGGAGACGACGAUUGUGGAGACGGCAGCGAUGAGCUCAAGUGCGCGGCCCCGCUAACCUGCGGGCCCAACCAGUUCCGCUGCAACACCUCGGAGUGCGUGCCGCUCAUGUGGAGCUGCGACGGUGACCCCGACUGCCAAGACGGUUCAGACGAGGGGCCCGAGCGCUGCGGCGGCGAUGGGAUCUUGAGUUUGGGAAACCGCAGGGCCAACUGCACUGCAGAGGAGUUCAGAUGCGCCAACGGAGAGUGCGUGAGGCUGAGCUGGAAGUGUGAUGGAGACCCGGACUGCAAGGACAAGUCUGACGAAGCUGACUGCCCGCUGUUGACGUGUCGGCCGGACGAGUUCCAGUGUGGCGAUGGUUCCUGCAUCCACGGCACCAAGCAGUGUAACAAGGUCCAUGACUGCCUGGAUCACAGCGAUGAGUCCGGCUGCGUCAACGCCACCAAAUGUGAAGGUCCGCUGAAGUUCCUGUGCAAGAACGGAGAGUGCAUCGACAGUUCCAAAGUGUGCGACUCCAUCAAAGACUGCAAGGACCGGUCGGACGAGCCCAAGAAGGAGUGCGGAUUGAACGAGUGCAUGAUCAACAACGGCGGCUGCUCCCACAUCUGCAUGGAUCGUCCAAUCGGCUUUGAAUGCCAAUGUCCCACUGGCUAUCAGCUAUUAGACAAAAAGACUUGUGGUGAUAUCGAUGAGUGUGAAAACCCAGACGCGUGCAGUCAGAUCUGCAUCAACUACAAAGGGGAUUUUAAGUGUGAAUGUUACGAAGGUUAUGAGAUGGAUCCCGUCACAAAGACCUGCAAGGCCGAAGGGAAAAGCCCUUACUUGCUGUUCACUAACCGACAUGAGAUCCGGAGGUUUGACCUGAUGAAGAGGGACUACAGCCAGGUGGUGUCCACCCAGAAGAACGUGGUGGCUCUGGACCUGGACGUGGCCAACAACCGCAUCUUCUGGUGUGAUCGGUUUCACCGCAGGAUAUACAGUGCCUUCAUUCAUGAGGCCAGUGACCCGGCGCAGCAGGUCCUGCUGGUGGACUCGUCCUUGAAAUCCCCUGCAGGCCUGGCUCUGGACUGGCUGCAGCACAACCUGUACUGGACCGACUCCGGUGACAAGUCCAUUUCUGUGGCCUCCGUGGACGGAACCAAGCGGCGGGUCCUCAUCAGUAGCGACCUGAGCGAACCCAGAGCCAUCGCACUGGACCCACAUCAUGGGUUCAUGUACUGGUCGGACUGGGGAACACGGGCCAAGAUAGAGAAGGCUGGGAUGAAUGGAGUGGACCGGCAGGUGCUGGUGGCUGAUAACAUUGAGUGGCCCAACGGCAUCACCCUCGAUGUUGCCAACCGCCGGCUGUACUGGGUGGAUUCAAAGCUGCACCUCAUCGGCAGCGUGAACCUCAACGGCGCCCACCGGAGGACGCACAUGGCGUCGGUGGAGACGCUGGGGCACCCGUACGCUCUGGCUGUGUUCGAGGAUCGCAUCUACUGGACGGACAGAGACAAAGCAGCCGUGUUGAUGGCCAACAGGUUGACGGGUCAGGACAUCCACACUUUGGCAGAGAACCUCAACGACCCUCACGACAUCGUGGUUUUCCAUCAGCUCCGUCAGCUCCAAGGUCCUGAUAGCUGUAACCUGGGAAGUGUGGCCAACGGCGGCUGCGAGUACUUGUGUCUGAAGGCUCCACAGAUCACGGAACACUCUCCCAAAUACACCUGCGCCUGCCCUGAUGGACAGGACCUGGGGCCUGACAUGAGGGGCUGCGUGCCAGCGGCGCCUAGAAAUGAGACCUCGACGGCGUCCACGCAGAGCAGCCGAGCGCCCUCCGAUGACCGUUCCUCAGAGGAAGUGUCGCAGGCGGACGCCACACCCCACCUGACCGUGGGCCCGCCUGCUGCCCACGACCCGCUCAGGCCCGGCAGCACCCUCAAAGCUGUGUCGCCGGAAGAGUCCAAGGCGCUGGGAUCCCACUCGACAGCCACCGCCACCGUCGCCAGCACCACGGCUGCGGGGGACAGCAGCGUCUCGCAGCACUCUGGUGGUGAGAACUUUCUGCUCGGCGAGAACUUAACUGUGGCAGUUUUGGGAGUGGUCAUCCCCAUCGUUCCUAUCGUUGCCACAGUUCUCUUCGGCCUGGUGUGCGCCGGAGUCUACCUGGUGUGGCGCAACUGGAGGCGCAACUCCACCAAGAGCAUGAACUUCGACAACCCUGUCUACCGCAAGACCACCGGAGAGGGCGAGGAGGACGAGAUCCACAUCGGACGGACUGAGGCUCUGGGGCACCACGCGCACCACCAUCCCUACCCGCAGGGCGUCACCAUGGGCGUGGUCGGAGCCGGAGGGGGGUCCUGCCCUCAGUUCAUCGCGCUGCCGCUGGGGGGCAGCAUGCCGGACCCCGGGACACACUGGUACACAGAGCAGCCGAUGCUUUCCUCAGCAAAGUGACCGCCGUCUCUUGCUUCUCUGGACGUACGCUCAGGCGCACGCAGUGAGGUCACCUCAGUUCAUCUGCAGCCAUGUUCUAUGCCAAUAACAGUGUUGUCUCUGAGCCCGAUCUUGUUUCGGCUGAGAAGAAGAAGAGGUUUCCGCCACGGUCUCGAGCCUUGACCGCAGCUGGAACUUUCUGAAUCUUCUCCUUCACACAUUCUAUAAGUGAGUGAUGUGUGUGUGUGUGUGUGUGUCGAGUGUUUCGUGAUGGACCAAGUCAUUUGUCCUUGACCUUUCCAUUCAAGCUGUGAGUGACUGAUGUUACCGAUGAGGGGAGCAGAGACCUUAAAACUGAAACAGUGUUAAUGGGACAAGCUGCAGGGCCUCGCUCUCCAGGGGAGAGAGAGCCGGUCCUCCGAUGAGGCGAACUAAGCUGCUGCACCACCUCAAUCCUCUCCUCCCAGUCACAAAAACAUGAGCCAUUACUCACGUCAGUUUUCUUUGAAACAAAACAGCGGCAUUUGGGGCGAACUUUCUCAGAUUCAUGAUCAUAUUUAUUGAAUAAAAACAAAAGUCAUUGUAUUUUUAAUAAGUGAGGCAAAUACCUACAUUUAAUUAUGUUAAAAGCCCAAAACUAUAGUGCUACUGUAAAACAGUAAAUAAUAGACAGGAAAACUGCUUAAAAGUCUAUUUAAAUACAUGAAUUUAGCUGUUUUUACAUAGAUUUAUAUUUGUUUAAGUAUCUAAAUGUUGAAUAAGUUUUCACCUGUUAUUGAGGUCUUAUGUAUAUUAUUCAUUAUUUCCUGUCACCCCUUUAGACGUAAAGUAUUAUCUGAACUGCUGCAACAGUUUCACCUGGUUUCAGCCCUUUCUCUGGGUUUGUGGUGAUUCCUCAGCCAGAGUGCAGCCUUGUUCAGACUCUUAUUCUGAGUCUCCUGCGACGCCGAGAAACAUUCUCAACAAAGCAAUAUUUAUAAAGGCCUUAUAGUCAUGUUUUAAAUGUGUUUUAUGUCAUAGUAAAUAUGACUGAACAAAUUCUUUUGACUGUGCUGUCAAUUCAUAGAAGGCGGGGUCAUAUCAGAACCUAAUAAUCCAACCACAUAUCUUUAUUUCACACAACAUAUUUGUCGACACGAAGCUUUGUUGUGAUGAAGCAAAUGUCAUCCAGCUGGUUGUUUACGUUACACAGUCGGCUUUUUUUUACAUCCAAAAUCUGUGUUCUCUUGAGAUUAUGUCAAUAUACUGUACAUAUUUUUACACCUCACUGGCAAUAGAUCAUGUAGAUUAAUGGAAGGUUUUGUCAUGAAUUUCCUUAUUAUCUGAAAUUUAAUUAUUUUGAGAUUAUUUAUUGAUUAAUUCAAUGCAAAGUGUAUUAUAUUUAAUUUAAAAAAAAAGCGUUCGAACGACUCAUUUAAAUCCUUUUUGUGAUUUUUAUUUAUCUAUUUAUUCUUUACUAUUAUUAUUAUUUGAACUCUAUGAACUGUAUUGUUGCCAUCUUUUUAUAUAUGUCAUUCAUAGCAUUUUUUAACUGGGAAUAUUGUCUAUCAAUGUCGAGAAAUGGCUCACGUGCGGAAUCGAAUAAUUCUGAAUCCAGCUAUCCAACAGAAAAUACUCCCAUGAUGCAUUGCUGCCAUUGGUAGUGUUGGUUACUGUCGCGCGACCUGUUUCUAGCGACACAUUUCAGGCAACGUUUGUCGCUUAAAAACUGAAAAAUCAGAACAAACCAAUAAUAGUCCAGAUGUUAUGAUGAUGAAAAACAAAAAUGCCAAAUUUAGUCUAUUUAUUUAUUUAUUUUGUUUUAAAUAUACAGGAAAUAAAGGGCUACAAUUCUGUCGUUCCAAUCUGCCACUAACUUUAGACCCGCCACCUGUAGUGUAUGUCCAGUUACAAGUCUUGAAAUAAACAACUAGCAUCGCUGAUAUUACCGGGUUAGUAGCUUAACACUGGUCGGUCUUUAUUGAGGUGUGUGGCCCCACUGUGAUGGAGGAAGAGAAGACAGAAGCCAAAAAUGAAAUCACUUCUUUCCUUUGACUGUCAAGUGUAGUGUGUGUGUGUGUGAGACAGCAAGUCACAGCCCUGACAAAAACACUCAUCAGGCAUUUUUCAAAGCUUCUUUUGAGCCAUACCUGUUUUCCUCCAGAUCAAUGACAUUUCCGGUCGGUUUAGUGAGGGAAGGCCUGGCAGGUGGUCACAUGAUCAGAAACAUGGGGAGGCAAACAAGCGCAGACUGUGAUGUACGUCUCGUUCAACUGUGAAUUACAACCAGCUUCAUUUAACUGUGCGUGUGUGUGUGUGCGAUCACUUCCUGUGCAUGUGUGUGCUGACGUCCAUCCCACCGCCAUAUUUGAACAGUUUUGUACGCUCUGUGUUGCACAACCUUCUUAGAAUGCCUUCUGUAUUAUGUAUUGCAUGGAUGGCGUGCACGACGUGUGUGCGAGCGAGCGUGCGUGUGCGUGAGCUUUUUUGAUUCCAUGAGUUGUAAAUAUGUUUUCAUAAGGUUUUUUGAUAAUGUAAAGCAAAAGAAAAAGGUGUACAUAAGAUUUUAGAUAAAGUGUUGACUAUUAAUUUAUUUGUACAGAGAGCACCGCGUCGUGACGGAUUCUCCACCAAAGUGGUCAGUGUUGUUUCUUGCCGUGCGUUUUUCAUUUGGCUCAGUUGCUCACGUAUGACACACAGCGCCUCCCGCUGAUGGUUUUACGUCUUUCUCCCCUGCAUUCUCACGUCGUAGAAGAUGAUAUUUUGGGUUCGGUCAUGGUUUAAGUGUGCCUUUUUGAUUUUCAUUUCUCCACGUUUCCCCUCAGUAUUAAACAGGGAUCGACCGCUGACGUCACCUGUAAGACAAAAAACUGUGUUGACAACUUGUUUUGAUCUUCUGUCAUGGAUUACUUUUGAAUAUCUCUAUAUAUUGGUACAUAAAAUUUGAUUGAAAAAGUCA